CCAUCCUCGACUUGUUAGCAAUGGCCCCCAUCAAGAAGACCAAGAAGAACACCGACACCAUCGGUUCCCGCCUCCAGCUUGUCACCAAGUCCGGAAAGUACACCCUUGGUUACAAGUCCACCUUGAAGACUCUUCGUCAGGGCAAGGCCAAGUUGGUCAUCAUUGCUGGCAACUGCCCCCCUCUCCGCAAGUCCGAGAUUGAGUACUACGCCAUGUUGUCCAAGACCGGUGUCCACCACUACAACGGCAACAACAUCGACCUUGGUACCGCUUGCGGUAAGCUUUUCCGCGCCAGCGUCCUCUCCAUCACCGAUGCUGGUGACUCUGAUAUCUUGAGUGCCCAGUAAUUGCAAAAAUAAAUGAGUAGUUUUGUGCUCUGUUUAUCCUUCGAGUAUUCAGAACAUUAAAAUCUUGUUUUUUUUUUCAAUGAAAAAAUUGCCAAUAAAACUGUGUUUUUCUUGUCUUAUGUAUAAAUUAUCACUUGCUUUUUU